CAAGCAACACCAGAAAAAAAUUGUGCGAAAGGUUCGGUGGUUUGGUUUGCGUAAUAACGCUGCAGAUCUUCACGGGUUUCGUGUUUUUUUUUAUAAGUGUUGAAUUGGUGCUUUAAAUGAUUUCGACGAUGGAGGAAACCAAAACGGACAUAAAGUCUAAGAUAUCAUUUAGUGUCGAAUCGUUGUUGGCGAAUACAAAAUGUCCUUCGGACGACAGACUGGACGAUUCGAAUUUAUCGGAAAAUGAAGAAAUGCGAUUAGAUACGUCGUCGGAUAGGCUCGAAGAUACCGAGGAGGAAGAGAAUAUCACAGUAGACGACGAAGAUACCGACGGACGGGAGAGUUUGAGUCCCAACUCGCAACACACAGUUUUAAUACCGCAACCCUUACAUCCCUCUGUACCGCGGUUGUUACCCCCGGGACACGCUCAGUGGCCUUUUUCGUGGGUGGGACCGAAUGGUGCUUUUAGAUCCACAUCCCCUCACGGAAACCUGCCAAACCUGACGGCGAACGGAGGACCCCCUAUAGUGAGGUGCGCUCUACGAAAACACAAACCUAAUAGAAAACCAAGAACGCCGUUCACCACACAACAGCUUCUAGCGCUUGAAAAGAAAUUUAGAGACAAACAGUAUCUUAGUAUAGCAGAACGAGCGGAGUUUUCAAAUUCGUUGAGGCUGACGGAAACACAGGUAAAAAUAUGGUUCCAAAAUCGUCGCGCCAAAGCCAAACGGCUUCAAGAAGCCGAAAUGGAAAAGUUGAGGUUGUCGGCACGACCCUUACUGCCUCCAAGUUUCGGAUUGUUCCCCGGAGGUGCUCCUCUUAUGUCGCCCCUCUUGGCCGCCAUGACGCAUAGACCGCCACAUUUUACCUUCGCCAACGUUGGCCCAUUGCUAAACAUGCCUCAAUAACCUAGCUUUUAAGUUUCUGCGUUUCCUAGUACAAAAACAUUUGGGUGAUUUCCGCAGUUCCAUAUUUUCCCUUAUGUAAAAAAUACAGGGUGCUUGAAGGGGAGGGCAAAAAAAAAUCAGCUCCUCAAAUCCUAUGCAAGUAAAUAGUGAUGGCCUGUAUAUAUCUUAAUGGUGUGUGUGUGUAUAUAAACGAUUCUAUUACGUAGUGCAAUACACAUAACAGUUAAAAAGGCGUUAUUAGAUGUGCGUAUACAUAUAUUAAUAAGACUGAGAAG